AUGCUAUUAGAUACGGAUCUCGAGUCACCUAUGAAGGCUCUAAGAGUUAAUGAGGUAACCAGUGGAGAUUAUGGCUCAGACUCAGACUCCAUGGCAGCCAGGUUAGGUGCUUCUAUUGAUCCCUUACCUGAUGAAGAUAGUACGUCUACUAUGAUGGCUUUAGAGGAUGAGAGACCAUCACUUAUGGUGAUAUUCCUUACUUUUUUGGCUUCUAUUUCUGGCUUCAUGUUCGGUUAUGAUACCGGUUAUAUCUCUUCUGCCUUGGUGUCGAUUGGUGACAGUUUUGGUGCCGAGUUGACCUAUAGUGAGGAGCAGCUUAUCACUGCUGCUACGUCUCUUGGUGCCUUUAUUACGGCUGUUAUUUCGGGUAUUAUUGUGGAUUACUUCGGCCGGAAGCCAGUCUUGAUGGUGUCCAAUAUACUCUUUGUUGUUGGUAGUAUCAUUCAAUGUGCUGCCCAUGGCGUGUGGCCCAUGAUCGUUGGUAGAUUCAUAAUGGGUUUCGGUGUUGGUACCGGUUCACUUAUUGCUCCCCUAUACAUAGCGGAGUUGGCUCCAAGUAGUUUUAGAGGACGUCUGGUGGUUCUUAAUUGCCUCGGUAUCACUGGUGGUCAAUUGAUAGCCUAUGGAAUUGGUGCAGGCUUGGAUUCUGUCCACAACGGUUGGAGAAUCGUUGUUGGGCUUUCCAUUAUUCCUCCAGCAGUUCAGUUCGUUUCCUUCCUAUUUUUGCCUGAUACCCCUAGGUUUUUGAUUAUGAAGAAUGAUAUCGACAAGGCAGAAAAAGUUAUUACCAGAAUUUAUAACGGUGCCACACCCGAGUUGGUUCAUGAGAAGAUCAGAGAAAUUCAAGAGGCCAACGCUGGAAUUCGUGGUGAUUCUGUGCUGCAAAGAUACUGGAAUUCGGUUUUGGAGAUUCACAGAGUUCCUUCUAAUUUCAGAGCCUUGUUCCUUGCAUGCUCGUUGCAGGCCAUUCAACAGUUCACCGGAUUCAAUUCUCUUAUGUAUUUCUCGGCCACCAUCUUCAAGGCCAUAGGGUUUAAUAACUCAACUGCCGUGUCACUUAUCGUGGCUGGAACUAAUUUCUUUGUCACUAUUCUGGCAUUCUUUGUGAUCGACAAAGUUGGAAGAAGACGGAUGCUUAUGCUUUCGUUACCAUUUAUGAUGCUUUUCUUGGCUCUCUGUGCCAUUGCUUUCCAUUUUGUGGACAUCAAGUUUGAGAAUCACGCUGCCAAGCUUAAUGGAAGUGUCUCCUCAUGGGGAAUUGUGAUUAUAGUGUUCAUGAUCUGCUUUGUGGCCUCUUAUGCCAUCGGUAUAGGUAAUGUUCCAUGGCAGCAGUCUGAGCUAUUUCCACAGUCUGUGAGAGGCUUAGGAGCCUCUUAUGCUACCGCUACGAACUGGGUAGGAUCGUUAGUUAUUUCAUCCACUUUCUUUACGAUGUUGGAGAAUAUUACGCCAACUGGUACGUUUGCUCUAUUUGCAUCACUUACUGCAGUUUCUAUAGUGCUUAUCUACUUCUGCUAUCCAGAAUUAUCGAACUUGAGCUUGGAAGAGGUACAGAUGGUGCUUACGGGUGGAUUCAAUAUCAAGACUUCGGAGAAACUUGCCAAGAAGAGAAAGCGCCAGCAUGAGUUGCAUAGAGAAAGGAUGUCGAAGAAGGCUGAAGAACUAAUUGAAGACGAGCAUUUCGAUUCCAUAUAG